CUUAUAGAAGAAAAGUCUUGACUUACAAUCAAAACUGAGUGUGUUCAGUGCUUGACAGAUGCUAGCAAAGGCCUGGGUUCCAGUCAGAACACUAAAGAAUCACUGCCUGAUGGGCAGGUUGAAGCAAGCAUAUCGAUGCCAGGAAGAUGAUGGUCAAGUUGUGGAUAACAGGAGUCAAGCACCAUGGAGCUUAUCAUCAAUUGUUCAGUUUUUCUGGGGAAUAGUGGAGUUUAUUGCAUUUUUCUUUCGAACAUUGUUCAAUCCAUCUGGAACUGACUACAAAACAUCUAGAAGUCAGACGUCCUGGGGUAGACCAGAUGAUGGAAGAGGGCCGCCUGGAGCUCCACGGAGAAGAAUGGGUCGAAUAAAUCAUGGAGGAGGUCCGGCACCACCUCCAAUGUCUGGAGGAUGAGGAAGGUAAAUGCCUGCUUUCCAAAGCAGGCACCGGCUCAUGCAUUCACCGUGAUGUGAGAAGAUUGGAAGAAACUGGAACUGUCAAGUUUUACUAAUAUGAAGGGGUGAAUGCACUCGUCCAUGCAGAAGUGUUGCCCUCUGUUAAAUGCAGCGGAUAAUGAUGUUGUGCCAGGAAUACCUGAAUUCAAAGGUUCUGGCACAAUGGAAAUGCAACUGCAUGGUAUCUCAAAAAAGAUUUCAAGUAUUUUCAGACUUGUAUUUGAAUUGUCUUAUAUUGAACUGAACUGCUGUUCUUUGUCUUUCCAUUAAUAAAGUAUUUAAAGUGUUGGCCUACAAUAGUGUGCUAAAGAUUAAUACAUUAAUAUUUUUAUUAGCUACACUUGUGAAACCUGUUAUGCUCAAUAGCCUCCCUAAAGAAAAGGCAGAUAAAUUCCCAUAAGUAAAAUACAACUGCCUAACAAUUAAUGUAGUUUAACAAAAAAUAAACACCAGAAUGUACGCAUGUACAUACGAGUGUGUAUAUAUAGGAGAUACAAUUGAAACGCAAAUGCACUUACCAUAUAUCACUUCCAGGACUACCAACUCUUAUAGUGCAUACACGUUUCUGUGGUGUUUCACAGACAGCAACGCAAGCCCUUUGUCCCACAAGAACAGAAGAAAUUAUGAACAGGAAUAGGCCACCAGGUACCUCAAGCCUGCACUGCUAGUCAUUAUAUUAAUGGCUUUUCUAUGCUGGCAUCAACUCCCCUUUUGUGCCAGUUCUCUAAUGUUAUUUACCUGUGUAAAAAUAUGUUUAAUGAACUGCUUCCACCAUCCUCUAGCUGAGAAUUCCAAAGAUUCACUAUCCUGAGGAAAGAAAUUCUAUGUAUCUCAAUUUUAAAUGACCAGCUCCUUGUUUGCCACUCCCCCACUAAUGGAAACAUCUCAACAGCUACCCAAUGAAAUGUUCUCAUCUUUGAAUAAGAUAGCACCUCAAAUCUCAAAGAGUACAGACCUAAACUAUCCAGUGUCUCUGUGUUGGAUAUCCCAGGAAUUAGCCUGAUGAAUCUCCUUCAAAUUUCUUCUAGUAAUACUAUAUCCUUUCUCAAAAUAACUGCACAAUAUUCCAGGAGUGGCUUCAUCUACAUCUUGUACAACUUAAAGCCCAACUCUGCUAUUUAGCUUAUUAUCUACUGAUUAGGCCUGCUUGCAGAUAUUUAGAUUCAUACACACUAGAACAGAUAUAUUUCUGGACUUUACACUUGUGCACUCUGCCUUUUCAAUAAUGACCUGCUUUUUGAUUUCUAUUACCAAAGUCCUUGACCUCCCAAUUCCCACAUUAAACAUCAUUUGCCAGGUAUUUCUGUAACCUAUUGCUCAGUCACAGUGUCCUCAUCAUAACAUGUCCAUAAGACCUAGGAGCAGAAUUAGGCCAUUCCAUCAUGGUUGAUGUAUUAUCCCUCUCAAUCUCAUUUUCCUGCCUUUUCCCUGUAAUCUCUGAUGCCCUGAUUAAUCAAGGACUGAUCAACCUCAGUCUUAAGUAUAUCCAAUGACUUGACCUGAACAGCAUCUGUGGCAAAGAAUUCCACAGAUUCAGCACCCUAUGGCUCAAGAAAUUUUUCGUCAUCUGUUCUAAAUGGAUAUCCCUCAAUUCUGAGGCUGUGUCCUCUGGUCCUAGUCUCACCCACUAUAGGAAAAAUCCUCUCCACAUAUACUCUAUCCAGACCCUUCAAUAUUUGAUAGGUUCAAAUGAGAUUCUCCCCCCACCGCCCCACCAUUCUUCUAAACUCCAACAAGUACAUGCCCAGAGCCAUCAAACAUUCCUCAUACAUUAACCCUUUCAUUCCUGGGAUCAUGCUCGUGAACCUCCUCUGGACUCUCCGGAAUGCCAGCAUAUACUUUUUUAGAUAAUGGACCCAAAACUGCUCACAAUACUCAAGUUCAGUCUGACCAAUGCCUUAUAAAGGUUCAGUACUAUCCUUGCUUUUAUAUUCUAGUCCUCUCAAAAUGAAUGCUAACAUUGCAUUUGCCUUCCUUACCACCAAAUCAACCUGCAAGUUAGCCUUUAGGGAAUCCUGCAUGAGAACUCCCAAGUCUUGCGGCAUCUCCGAGUUUUGAAUUUCUCCCUGCUUAGAAAAUAGUAUGGGCCUUUUAUCCUCCUGUCAAAGCACAUGACCGUGCACUUCCCUACAUUAUAUUCCAUCUGCCACUUCUUUGCCCAUUCCCCCAAUCUAUCUAAAUCCUGCAGACGCACUGCUUCCUCAAAACUGCCUGCCUCUCCAUUUAGCUUCAUUAUCGUCCGCAAACUUGGCCAUAAAGCCAUCAAUUCCUUCAUCAAAAUCAUUGGCAUACAGCACAAAAAGAAGUCUUCCCAACACAAACCCCUGCAACACACCACUAGUCACCAGCGCCUAACCAGAAAAGGGCCCCAUACUUGAAAUUAGCCCAGAAUAGGCAGUUCCGGCCCUUCAGCCAUGCCACCCAGCGACCCCCAAUUUAACCCUAGCCUUACACAGGACGAUUUACAUUGACCAAUUAACCUACCCUCCAGUACAUCUUUGGACUGUGGGAGGAAACCCACGCAGUCAAGGGGAGAACGUACAAAUUCCUUACAAGCCUCAGUGGGAGUUGAACCCACAUCACUGGUACUGUAAAGUGUUGUGCUAACCACUAUGCUACCAUGCUAUUCCUGGUAUUGUUUGAAUAAGCUAUUUGAAUAUCAACUAUUGUUCAUUGACUGACUUGUCAUUAUUUUCCCAGCCCACCUUAGACAAAUCCACCUUCAUACCAUUCUAGUUUCCCUUAUCUAAAUUAAAGAUAGUGGUUUUGGUUCUUGGUGUUCUCCCUCAGGUUACAUCUUAAUUAUUACAGUUGUGGUCAUUACUUCCUAGCUGUGGAUAACCUAUUAGAUCUCUUAUUAAUCCUUAUUCACUGCACAUGUUCAAAUCUAAAGUAGCUUAUUCCUGGGAAGAUUUCAUAACACACUGCUCAAAAAGGAAUCCCUAACACUGUACACAAAAUCUUCCAUGAUUCUCUUGCCAGUACGAUUCAUUCAAAUAAUAUGCACAUUAAAAUUUCACAUAACAAUUGCAAUUCUUUUUCCCCCAUUUAUGCUCUGCCCGAUCAAGAGGUUACAUUUUGAGGGCUCACAAAGUAUUCCCACCUGAUUGUUCUUUUCUCUGCUAUUCAUGGGUUCAACCCAAACCAAUUUUACAUUAUUAUCCACUGCCUCUAUAUCACAACUCAACACACACAAAAUACUGGAGGAACUCAGCAGGCCAGACAGCAUCUAUGGAAAAAAGUACAGUUGACAUUUCAGGCCAAGACCUUUUAGCAGGUUGCUUGGAUUUCCAGCAUCUGCAGAUUUUCGCGUGUUUGCGAUGUCACAACUCAAUUUAUUUUGAUACCUUCCUUGAUUAACAACAAUAUCCUGUCACCUUUUCCUUUGGUCUGUUACUUUGGAACACUGUAUAACUUGGAAUAUUGAGUAUCUAUUUUUGGUAACUGUGCAACCAAGUCUCUGCAAAACCUUUUAGAUCAUACUGUAAACUAUCUUACUGCAAAUCUGCUUGUAUUCAAAUAAAAACCAUUAAGCUGACUUUAGA